AUGCCCCGUCGAAGGCGUCCUGCUCGUCCCGGAGCCCUCGCCGACCUUGCGCCAAAACGAAUCCUCGCCCAAAUCGUCGUCCUUCAGCUUCUAUACUACGCCGUCGCAGCUGCCUUGAUUCUAUUCACUACCCUAGUGGCCGGCAGGGAUGUCACGGCAGAUUCUCUUCUCAGCUGGCGUACUGUUCGAAGCGAUGUCACUACAGGGUGGAUGCUCGGUCUCUGCUGGAUGAUGGACAGUAUGAUUUGUGUCAUCUUCCUAUUGCUCUUCAUCGCCCGAUCCAAACUCGUCCCCGACUUUGCAAUUACCAUCCACGUCAUCAACCUCGUAGUCACCACUUUCUACACCAAGGAGCUACCUACACAAGUCUUCUGGUGGGGCCUACAGUUCUGCAGCGCUGCUCUGAUGAUCUUUCUCGGCGUCUGGGCCUGCCAGUGGAGGGAACUCAAGCCCAUAUCCUUUGGAGGAAAAUCAAACAAGUCUGCUUCUACUGCCGACCCAGCCGCCGUCGAAGAGGGUGCUGGCUUUGCAAGAGAAGGAAGAGGUGCUGGUCAUGACGGUGCUGGAGCAUAUGAGAUGGCCGAUAUGUCUGAAAGAUGA